AUGGCGGGGGACAGCACCAAGGAGAGCUCUGUGGUGAACAUGGUGCUGACGGCGGUGCACGUGGCGUUCAUCCUGUUCAUCAUCGGCAUGGGGUUCGCGCACGGCGACGCGCGCAACCUGACGCGCCCGGCCGACCCGUCCCGCAGCCCCGGCGGGGUGUUCCCGCACGGCGCCGCCAUGGUGUACCUGAGCUACAUCGGCUACGACGCCGUGUCCACCAUGGCCGAGGAGGUGCAGCGGCCCGCGCGCGACAUCCCCGUCGGCGUCUCGGGCUCCGUCGUCCUCGUCACCGUGCUCUACUGCCUCAUGGCCGCAUCCAUGUCCAUGCUCCUCCCCUACGACGCGAUUGACCCGGAGGCGCCGUUCUCGGGGGCGUUCAAUGGGUGGGAGCGAUGCGCGUGGGUGUCCAACGUCGUCGGCGCCGGCGCCAGCCUCGGCAUCCUCACCUCGCUCAUGGUGGCCGUGCUGGGGCAGGCGCGCUACCUGUGCGUCAUCGGCCGCUCCGGCGUCAUGCCGGCGUGGCUCGCACGGGUCAACCCCCACACCGCCACCCCCGUCAACGCCUCCGCCUUCCUCUGCGUCUUCACGGCGGCGCUGGCGCUGUUCACCGAGCUGGACAUCCUUCUCAACCUCGUCUGCAUCGGCACGCUCUUCGUCUUCUACAUGGUGGCCAACGCCGUCGUGUACCGCCGCUACAUCGGCUCCGACUCCGAGCCCGCCGCCCACCGAUGGCCGACGCUCGCGUUCCUCGUUGUCUUCUCGCUGGCCGCGCUCGCCUUCACCCUGUCGUGGAAGCUGGCGCCGCCCGAGACGCGAGGGCGUGCGCGCGGGCCUCCUGGCGGCGCGCGCGUCCCCGAGCUGUGGGGCGUCCCCGGGAUGCCGUGGGUGCCUGCCGCGUCCGUCUUCCUCAACGUCUUCCUGCUGGGGUCGCUCGACCGCCCCUCCUACGUCCGCUUCGCCAUCUUCUCCGCCGCCGCGCUGCUCGUCUACGUGCUCUACAGCGUGCACGCCAGCUACGACGCCGAGGAGAGCGGCCGGCUCGACGUCGACGGCGGCGGCGGCAAGGUGCAGGACGAAGCGUGCACGGUGGUGUAG